AUGCGAGUUUCCUUUGUGACCUUCCUCCUGAGAGGUGAGUCUGCUGCGUGGUGGGACAGCUACCUGGAGAGGAGAGAUCCAGAUGUUGAGACUGGUUGGGAUGACUUCCAGGCACUUUUCAGGCGUCAUCACAUUCGUGAUGGUGCCAUGGACAAGAUGCGUGAGGAGUUUCGCAGGCUCACACAGGCUGAUAUGGAUGUGGAAACCUACAGCAGAGCCUUCACCAACCUUGCUCGCUAUGCAGGUGAUGAGAUCUCCACCGAUGAGAGGAAGCAAGACAAGUUUCGUAGAGGCCUCAACCCUACAGUCAAGUUCGCUAUCAACCUGAUCAAGUGCAAAAACUUUGAUGAGCUUGUUGAUACAGCUAUCAAGGCUGAGAAUGGUAGACAGGAGUUUGAGCAGUCAAGGAAGCACUCUCGUGACAGUGGCUCUUCUUCGACACCAGCUAUGCCAUCUCAGAAGCGCAGAGUUUGGUUUCCUGACACUGCUCCACCAGCUCCACGGUCUUUCCACUCGAGACCGCCUGGGUUUGCUCCCCGCCCACCCACCCCUCAGUUUGCUCACAGGCCAGCACAGUUUCAGCACAGGCCAGCUUUCACUCCUCAGCAGCACGGAGGUUUUGUUCAGCAGCAGAGGCCAGCCUUUGGUCCUCCUCAGAGACAGUUUGCUCCUCGUUCUUCUUCAGUCACUUGCUACUCUUGUGGUCAGCCCGGGCACACUUCCCGUACUUGUUCUCAGAGGCAGCAACUUCCACCACCACCACCUCGUCCUUCCUCGACUCAGACGAUGGUGCGUGCUCCUUCUACAGGCAAGGCUUUCAACUAUAACAAUAAGCCUAGAUCUGCCACUGUCAACAACAUCACCACAGAGGAAGCUGAGAAGGCAUCAGACGUUGUGCUUGACGCCGGUACCGAGGAGUACGGCGAGGAGUACGACUACUACCCCGAGGAGGAUCGUGCCGGUUUCUCUUCUUCGACUUGACAGGUACGACAGGUUAUGAGUAUCCACCUGGACACUACUUUGUGGACUACGCUGAGGACAACUACGUCGAGUAGAGAGGACGCUCCUAAGGCAGCAGCCUGGGGCUUGCUGGAUAUGGAUUCGACUGCUUUACUUAUGGACUCUUAGUCCCAUUUGCAUCUUGUCUGUACUCAGACGUGUAUUCGCUUCCGCAUGAUGUAUUGAUGUAUUGUUGGGACAUGUGUCCUCUGAGUGUCAUUUGCUAUCUUGCUCUAUGAGCUUUGCUAUAUACUUAUUUAACUCUUUUGUGUCGUA